GGGGGAGGAAAGAGGAAAAGGAGGAAGCAAGAUGGCGGAGGCUUCCCCGCAGCCGGGACGGUAUUUUUGCCACUGCUGCUCGGCCGAGAUUGCGCCGCGCUUACCGGAUUAUAUUUGCCCCAGGUGUGAAUCUGGUUUUAUUGAAGAGCUGCCCGAAGAACCAAGAAAUGUUGAAAAUGGGUCCAGUUCUUCAGCCUCAACCAGUGACCAGGCCAGACAUCCGUUUGAGAAUGUAGAUCAGCCCCUCUUCACCCUCCCGCAGGGCUACGGCCAGUUUGCCUUUGGGAUAAUCGACGACAGUUUUGACUUCCCAGCUUUUGGGACCAACACACAAACAGAAGAUAACCGCGAUGCUGAGAACAGGCGGGAGAGGGAACAUCAGUCUCGGCACCGAUAUGGAGCCAGGCAACCUCGGGCUCGUUUCACCACACGACGGGCGGCUGGCAGACAUGAGGGAGUCCCCACACUAGAAGGAAUUAUCCAGCAGCUGGUCAAUGGAAUUAUAGCACCGACCACGAUACCAAACCUUGGAGUAGGACCUUGGGGAGUCUUGCAUUCAAAUCCCAUGGACUACGCUUGGGGCGCCAACGGCUUGGAUGCCAUUAUUACUCAGCUCCUGAAUCAAUUUGAAAACACCGGCCCGCCUCCUGCAGACAAGGAGAAGAUUCAGGCCCUUCCAACCAUUCAUAUAACAGAGGAACAUGUCGUUUCGGGACUGGAAUGUCCUGUCUGUAAGGAAGAUUAUGAAGUUGGUGAGAGCGUGCGACAGUUACCCUGCAAUCACCUCUUCCAUGAUGGCUGCAUAGUCCCGUGGCUGGAACAGCAUGACACCUGCCCAGUGUGUCGGAAAAGUUUAAGCGGGCAGAACACAGCCACAAACCCACCUGGACUCUCCGCAAUGAAUUUUGCUUCCUCCUCGUCAUCUUCCUCCUCCUCCUCUUCCUCCAGUUCACCAAGUAACGAAAACUCCGCAAACAACUCAUGAAUCUUUAAAAAAAAAAGCAAGCAAAAAAAAA